AUGAUAAAAGUUGUAAUGGUGAGGUGUUACCUGCUCUGUUUACUAACUCUUGCACUCUGUGGUGCUUGUGGGUUAGUAUGGGCUGAUAGUCCUAAAGCUUCAAAUGCCCUUAUUAAACCUUCCACUGUUGGUGUUCCUUCUCUUGUUCGUCGUGCCGUUCCGGCGAUUCUUCUCACUCCUUGUUGUGAUGAAGAAGAGUGGUUGGGUGAAGAAGUUGAAGAAAACAAAGAUGUUUCCAAAGAUUCUCGUACUUCAGAGUCUUUGAGUAGCAGUACGUCCCACAGUAGUGCCCUGUCCGGUAGUGGUGCUGAUCGUCACGACACUAAUAAGGUACAAACGCAGGACGGAGUGCAAGACCUCUCAAAACUGAAACCUUUGGCAGAAGAAAACAGACACCUCGGAGGGGAUGCGGGUCACAAUCAACAAACAAAUGAUAUCAACCCAUCAGUUAAUCCAAGGGUAAAUGGGCAAGUGAGUGCUACUCUUCCAGCCAUAUCUCCUCCUGCUCUUGGAGGUCAACAGCCUGUUUCUCCUUCACCAGAGCCAGCUCCAGAAAGACCAAAGGUAUCCAGUGAACACUCAAGUAAAGAACGACAUGAUGAAGCAUCCACUAAAGACGAUCAUGCUCUUCAACAUGCAAUGAAAUCACCU